CAUUCCCACUGUCCCCUUUCCUAAACAAUCAAGUGGUUUACUCCAGACAGGGGCGGGAAUGCGGGGUAGUCUCCGCCAUUCCCGUAUAGCCACGCCCCACCGCGUGUGGGCGGGUCAUCCAUCGUUUUGGUGGGCGGGGCUCCGGGGACGAGCGCUGCCGCAGGGAGAGACGUGAGAGUACACGGAGGCUGGGGAAGCGCAGGAGUCGCAGACACUUCUCGGCUACAAUAAUGUGACUGACUGGAGGAUCAGGGCGAGCGGGCACUAGCACUGGCAGCCGUCGCCUGGGAGGGACACAAGCAGCACCUCAUGGACACUGGACGCCUGGUGUGAGAAACUUCGCUAUGGCUGCCCAGUCCAGCAGCUUGUACAAUGAAGAUAGGAAUUUACUUCGCAUCAGAGAACAGGAGAGAAGAAAUCAGGAAGCUCUUCAAGAAAGAGACCCUUUUAUUGACAAUGCUCCACUUUUUCCAGAACCUUACAAGACAAGCAAAGGAGACGAGUUAUCUAGUCGUAUACAGAGCAUGCUUGGGAAUUACGAAGAAGUAAAGGAGCUCAUUGGUGCAAAAUCACAUCAGGACCUUAUUGGCAUCCCUGUUACUUCACAGGGACGAUUUGUUAAACAGCACCCAAUUCAAAGUAACACCAGCCGGUCUAUGGGUCCUCCAAGAUCAUCAAGUAUGUCUUUGGGUCACAGGAAUAGGCCUCGUACAGCACCUGAGCUGUCCUCUGCUGAGCUUGUAAAAACCCACAAUCAAAAUCCUAGUCUUCAGAAUACAAGAAAACAGGAGCAGCGCUCUAGAACAAUGGAAAGAAGUGGAAAACAAGGUCAAGAUAAACGCUCUGUGGACAUUUCGUCCUCUCCAACAUCUAUCUUGGCACUUUCUCCACUGUUGUCGUCCUUGUCUCCUCCUGUUGAGCCCUUGUCCCCAUUACAUUCCAGCCAUCAAAUUGAUUCCAAACCGCGUGGCGGUCAGAGCCAUGACAAAUCUUACACCAGUGACGACAAAUCCCCAGAACCAGCUAACAGGGAAGGUUCUACCUCUGUUGCCAAUUUAGUGCCUUCCUCUCAAACUUUUCCCACCUAUUUGACUUUAAAAACACAUACAUUGCCUCCAAAGCCCACGGCUUAUGUCCGCCCUAUGGAUGGUCAAGAUCAAGCUCCCACACUUUCUCCAGAUUUAAAGCCCCUGCAAGAGGACUAUCACGAGGAUUCCUACGAAUGUCACACAGAUCUUAAAUCAGAUGCCAAGGACAAGCUAUCCAGAGUGGAAAUGGCUUCUGGACAUUUUGAGACCUUCACUAAUGAAGCCCAUUGUGUUGAAGACAUUUUGAAGGAAAUGACACAUUCAUGGCCUCCACCAUUAACAGGUAUCCACACACCAAGCACUGCUGAGCCCUCCAAAUUUGCAUUUCCCAAUAAGGAAAGUCAACAAGUUUCGUCUGUCAAUGUGAAUCAAAGACACCAUGACAACUUUUCAAAAGUUUUUCCAAGCCCACAAAAGGGAUCAUCCAUGUUGGAAAAUGACCUCCAGAUCAGUGACAGUGAGGACAGUGAUGACGAUAAUGAUGGUGAUAAUGAUGGCGAUGAAGAAGAGGAGGAGAUCACUGAAAAACCGCUUUCUUCUGCUCCUUCAAGUGUUGUGCAAUCUCAUGUGGACAGUGUUGGUUUGGCACAUUCCAGCUGCAUGGAAACAGAAGGAAGUGAGACCGACAGCUCUUCAGACUCCGAAAGUGACAGCGGCUCAACUGACAGUGAGGUGCCACCAAUACGGAGAUCUCCUAGUCCAGUGCACGACACUUCAUCUACAGGCAUGUGGCAGUUGGGGAACUUUUUUGUCAAGCCUGCACCUCUAGCUGAGAGCCAUAAUAAUGUUGAAGAUCAUGAACAAGAAAGCCAUUGGGAGAGUAAAGAACAUGACUGUCUUUCACCUCCCCCCCAUGAAUCCCCAAAGACUGAACUUCAGCAUGAAACUACUCUUUGGACUUCUCAGGAAGACAUUCAGAACAAACCCACCUUUCCAGAUUCUCCCAUAGCCAAUGAAACUGUUACUUCCAGGCAAACUGUUGGUAUAAAACAUCCCAGAAGGCCUGUGAAGGCAUCCUUUCAAGAGGAGCCAAAGGGUGGUCUUACAGUGGAAAGUGAACCUGCUCCAUACAGGCCAAGAGACCAGCCCUCCAAAGAAAAGCCAACUGUGAAAACGAAAAUUAAAACCAAAUCAAGUGAAUACAAGGAACCAAAUGCAAAUGUUGCACAUCCAAAUCAAAAAAAGAAGCACAGGAGCUCUCACCACAGUAGUAGCACCAAAAAGUGUCCCAGUACUCAAAUAGACAAACACCAGAGUGUCCCUUCCCACCUACAAUCCCUCCCUAGUUCAAAGGUGCACAUUGAAAGCAAAACCAAACAUAGGACUAACCCAUCUCAUCCUGCUGUUGUUGUGCGUGAGGACUGUCACAGGGACAAAGUGUUAUUACCCAUAGGGGAGAACAAAUUGCUGCCACCAGUGAAGAGGAGUCAUAAACCUAUAGCUCUUGUAGUCAAAAUAGAAUUAUCACUGCUUUCUAAGAUCCCAGGAGUAUAUAGUAAAAUAAGCGAGUCAAAGAGUAAGAAAGUGAGCAGUCACAAUGCCCACCAAAAGGAGAGGUCUGAAAAGACCCACAAUCAUCACAAAGAGCACACAAAGAGAAAGGUGGAGGACAGUGAGAAAAGUGCAACACACAAAAAAUUGAAGCCAUCAAAUGACAACAAGCCUUCUACUGUUCACAAAGAGUUAUCCACAAAAAAGGUGCCUAAAACCUCUUCUGAGGACAUCCGUAAGGAACAUCGGCAGCAGAAAGCCUCCUCUCCCACACAUCAAACUCACAAGAAACCUGAGAAAGUGGCACAGAAAAGGCGGCCCAAUGAGAGUAGCGCUUGUAGUCAACAGUCUACUAUAAGCAGCAGUAAAAGUAGUAAAGAACAUUCUACUCCUAAACAAAGAAAGGUGGAGGAAAAUAAUAUGGAAAUGUCAAAGAUCACCAAGGGUUCUGCAGAAAAUAACACACAUCCUUUCCCAGUGCCUUCUUUGCCAAAUGGUAAUGCCAAGCCAACAAGACCUCAGCUGAAGUUUGAAGAAAAGUUACAUUCACCAGAACAUUAUAUGAAGGAGGCCAAGAAACUCAAGCAUAAAGCUGAUGCCAUGUCCGACAAGAUUGGAAAAUCUUUAAACUACCUGGAUGCUGCCAUGUUUUUUAUUGAGUGUGGUAUCGCAAUGGAAGCAGAUGUACAGGCGCCAAAGUCUGCCUACACUAUGUUUGCUGAAACUGUUGAUCUCAUAAAGUUUAUUAUGAAGCUGAAGAACUUCUCUGAUAGUUUGGCACCUCCGUAUGAAAAAUCAUUUGCAGUUUUAUGUAUGCGUUGCCAGUCCGUUCUCUACAUGGCAAUGUUUCGCUACAAAAAAGACACUGCAUUAAAGUAUUCCCGCAGUCUUGGGGAACACUUCAAGAGUUCAUCCAGGGCUGCACAGGCACCUUCCCCAUGUGUUGCUAGAAGUACUGGUACGCCUUCUCCCAUUUCCCCAACACCUUCACCUGCCAGCUCUGCAGGAUCUCAGCCAGGCUCAAAUGCCAGCAACAGUGGAGGACCGAAUCCUUCAGUCACCAUCCCCCAGAUGAUACACCACAUAGCAUCAUCUUACGUAAAUAUCACUUCCUACAUCCUCUAUGCCUAUGACAUAUGGGAACAAGCGGAUAUGAUCGCAAAGAAAAAUAAAGAUUUCUUUGCAGAUCUCAGUUCAAUGGUCUGUCCCCUCGCCCUAAACAGCACUAUGACUGACCUGGUACACUACACUAGACAGGCUUUACAUUGGCUGAGGCUGGAAUUAAGUAUGACUUAACUGUGCUGGAGGGCACUUACCCUCUGAACUAUUUUGCACUUUGAAAAGUCUGGAGUUUGCGAUUGGAUUCAUGAAUUCUAGCAAUAUAAAGAUAAUAUAUCUAUAUAUCUAUAUGGCUUCUGAGUUCUGGUAUGACUGGAAGCCGGUUGAACAUUGCCUGAAAUGAAGGCAUCAUGUCAUGUGAAGAUGAAAAGAAGACGAUGAGAAAAUAAUACAUUUUAUUUUUUUGAUCACAAGAAAAGUGCAAUGUGGUAUUGAAUAGGUCAGACACAUCAGUGGUCUUUAAACAUUUCUUAUGAAAACCAGCAUGAAAAGAGAUGUCUUCUGGAAGAUCUUCAUCCUCCACAUUUAGGCCAAUGCAGAACAACAACUGGAACUUGCCAAACAAGCUGGCUCCCUCCUGCCCUAAAAUCUUACUACAUGAAUAAGUGGUUGUACUUUGAUUUGUACAGAAUAUAUUGCUAUAGAGCUGGGAAUAACAUAUGACAGUGCAUAGCCUGCAUUUCUAAAUUCAAAGCUUUGUGCCUUAAUCCAAUUUCCAAGUGUCCUACUGGUUCUGUCAUAUCUUAUUCUCAAGCUACAAACUAAACUGCACAUUCUUGCACAUUAUUAUUUAUCAUUUAUCUCUGCUGGUUCUAGCACAGUUCUCUAAGCGGUCAGGACUAUGAAUCAAAUGACUGAACUGCAUGUUAGGGUUCAUGUAAACACUGCCAUCAGCACUAGAAUUUCUGCCAUGCUUUUAAAUAGUAGUCAUUGGUCUUCUGGACGUACUCCAGUAAAACCAGUCAACAGGGCAGAUCCCCAUCAUCGUUGCUAAGUGCUGUCAAAGCGGGAGUAGUCUGUACAAUUACCUCCGCUAAAUAGCCAAUUGCAGGCUCGGGGAACCUGCUGAGACAAUGCAAAUAAGCUGACACUGCCUGAAGCCCUGACCCUUAAAAGAAGAAUGUUUCUUCCUGCCCCUUCAUUGGUACUUAAAGGGGCCAUUUAUUGAUUUUAAGUGCACCUGCCGAUUUUAGCUUGGACACAUAAUCCCCUUCUGAUCAGUAGGGAUCCCAGCUAACAGGCUUGCUUCAUGAUCAAUCCCCUGAGCUGGUCUUAAACCAAAGCUUGUUCAGUCAACAGGCGUGAGCAAUUGGUUUGUGACAUAUCUGUUAGGCUGUGUUCUCACUGUGAACUCAUAGAUAGAUAUGGCAGUUUACCAAUCAAAACAGAAAGUGCUUGGACAGAAAGACCAUAGCAACCAGUCACGGCUUAAUUUUUAUUUUACCAGAGCAGUUUAGCUGAGCUGUGAUUAGUUGCUAUGGGCUAAUAAGACCGUUUUUGUCUGACAGGUUGAUAAAUCUGCUCCCAGUGUGCGUUCUUGUAAUUCUUAUGAUGGAAGAGAUAUUUCUACAAGGGUUGCUGCUUAUCAUGUAAGCAGCAAUGUAACGGACACAGUAUCCAAGCACUGUUUCACUAUAGCCAUUAUAUCCAAGCACCGUUUUACUACAGCCAUUAUAUCCAAGCACCGUUUUACUACCGCCAAGCUGUGUCUAUGGCCAGGGAAUUGAACAUCUUGUGUCUAUGGUCGAUUUAAUCAUGUACAAUACCCCUUGGUAAAUGAAUGAUGCAUCUUACUAAUGGCAGCCUUCACCAAUAAAGUUUUUACAUUGAGGCCAGUGGGCUUACCCUUUUUAUAGGGUUUUGCAUAGCUCCUUGAAGAAAUAAAUGGCGUUCCUUACCUGCUGCUAAAGGAUAAAGAACACUAGCAUUCAAGUACAGCAAAAAUGCCUAUAUACUUUGCCUCCUCUAUAAUUUUAGAUCUGUAUCUCUGCAGGCAUGUACUAUAUACCAAACUAAGAGCACUUAACCAGUUAGAUAGUACAUGGUCGGUUCACUUUGCUGUAUUUCUAUGUAUUUUUAUUUUGGCUGAUUGUGUCAUAUACUAAACAUUGCUGUAUAGUGUUUAUACGCAGUGUGGCUUCUUCACUUCUAUUAGAGGUUAACCCAAUAGUACUUAAGUGUAAUCAUAAGCGACGAAAUCUCAGAGGUCUGCUUUGUUCUACAGAGUUAACUGUUAGCGUGCUUGAUACCCUUGGAAGUGUUAACUAGGAGAAGAAGAUAAGGUACUAAAAAUGGUACUGACUUGUAACGCUAUUAAGUAUCGUGGUACUGUGAUGGUCCCAUAUAGGUAGAGCAUCCUUGUUGUUGUUUUUAGCUAUUGCAGGGUUAAUUUGCCAUACAUCCUCAGCUGCAUACAGGGACCAUUCUCAAAUUACAGCUCUUUAGAUGCCUCAACCAGAAGGUUAAUCUCCUGUAUUAUGAUGGUGCCUGCAAUUAAAUGGAAGACGUUGCUCGCAUUACACUCCUCUUGCAUUGUUCUCGGGAAUAAAACCACAUUCUUAUUAAAUAUCCGUAGACAGCUUGAGUUUCAACAGGAAAAUAAUGAUCCUGAAAGUAUUCCAAGCUGCAUUCAGGUUUAUCAGGGCAAAUUUGAAUUAAACACUUCAUACCUAAAAUAAUUCAAGGGCCUUUAGAUGAAUAUUCUUAUAAGAGAGCGCUCCAAAAUAACCUUUUAUUCUCAGGUUAGUUUUUAGCCUGUAGCUCAUCUGGAUAGUAUUUUUCCGACACAUACUGUGUAGUAGUGAUGGUACUUGUUGACUCAACAACAACAGUAGUUCUACAGCAUUUUGCUGAGAAGGCUAUACUUAUUUUAAAUAGCAGUUUCCUAAAAUCUACUACUAGAAUUUUAUGGAGAAAUGGACCAGUUCUCACAAUACAUGUUUAUCAGGGAAUUGCUGUUAUAGUGCUGGGGCUGUAAAAAAAUAAAUAAAUAAAUAAAUAAUAAAUAAAAAAAGAGAGAAUACUUACCUACCCCUGGUUCCCUGCAGGUCCAGCUACAGCUCUCAUUUUGUCCUCCACCACUCCUCAGUUCUGCCUUCUUCAGAGAUGAGAGCUUGAAGCAGGACCUGGAUGCUUAGCCAAUCACUGGCCUAUACAAGACACCAAUGUAGCCAGGGAGGACCUGAGCGGGCACAUCCUGUUCAAGCCUCUCUUUUUUUUUUAUUUUUUAUUACAGUCUCAGCACUUUGACAAUUAUUUAAAAAUUCUGAAAUGCUCCUUUAAGGAUUAAAGUGACCCUGUAAUUCCUAAUAGGACUCCUAGCAGAGACAGAGUCCUGCUGACCUCACCCACAAAGGCUUAUUGACAACCUUCUAUGUAAGCAUAUUGAUAUAAGGGAAACUUGUCAAUAAACAUGGAUGGGGUAAGAAGGACUCCCUUUUGCUCCUAUGAGUCUUGUCAGGAAUUACUCUUUGUCUGAGAAAUCCUUCUCCAGAUCAUACAACAUAUCUAUCCCAGAGCUCACCUUCUCUCCCUCUGUCUUAUACACCUCGAUAGGGCGGUAUAUAAAACCUGACAGGUUUACUUUAAAGGGGUACUCCGGUGAAAACCUUUUUUUCUUUUAAAUCAACUGGUGGCAGAAAGUUAAACAU